AUGGCCAGGGAAAAGAAGAGCCAACAAAAGGUCGUUCAGCCCACUCAGUCCGGAGUCCCAUGGAUCCGUGUUGCCAUGAUCGCAUCUGGCAUAAUUGCUGUAAUUGCUUUGGCCAUCGGGCAAUCAGGAGAAAUAUUGGGACCCAGAUUUGCUCGUUCUCCCAUUGAUGUGGGACGUAGAGCACUGCCUACAAAUGUACCUGCUGCUAGUACUGCUCAACCAUCUGCUUGGCCGUCUGCAGAUCAAAAAAAUCCCAUUAAUGGUGUUUAUUUGAACGAUCCCAUCGUCCAGAAUGCUUUAGCUUACGUACAAUCGGUCGCCGAUCCUGCCACUCUCGCUAUUCCGCCAUCCACAUAUAUCAAUGGAGCCAAAGUGAAUUAUUCGGCUGAUCCUUCUCAAACAUGUUAUUGGCCAAGUAAUGGGUGCACUCGUAGCAGUGCAGGAAACUGGGGACCACCUGAUAUCGUCUACUGCGAUAAACCGGGUCAAUGGGGACUGACCUUUGAUGAUGGCCCGUCCUACAACAUUGUUAACGGAAGCCACUACAAUGAUUCUCGAGUCUUGUUGAACCAGUUGAAUUCUAUGAACAUCAAAGCCACAUUUUUCAUCAUUGGUGGAUAUGUUACAUAUUGGCCAGCUGAACUUCAAGCUUUGGCCAGUAGUGGAAUGCAGAUUGCUGGGCACUCGUGGACACACCAUCCAACAACAAGCUUGACCAAUGCUCAAAUUGUUGCGGAAGUGAUGUAUACUCAAGCUUUCAUCUAUAAAACUACUGGGUUGUUACCUCGCUAUUUCAGACCACCUUACGGUGAUAUCGAUGAUAGAGCUCGCGCAAUCAUCAACGCACUUGGAUUCCGUAUUGUGGUUUGGGACGGAAACUAUGAUUCUCUGGACUCAGAUGGAGUCACUUAUGACGUAGCGUUGGCGAGGAUUCAUUCGUGGUUUGGAAUUGACCAGCCAAUCAUCAGUCUGCAACAUACCUUAAGUGGCUUUACAGCUGGUAUUGCAAUACAAGCCUUGAAGGAUAUUGUUGCGAUGGGAGGUAUUUCCAAUCAGAUCAUGCCCGUUGCUCAAUGCUUGGACGACACCUUAUGGUAUUAUGGAAAACCCGUCACCACUUGGUACAAUACCUGUACACAAUCGAGUUGUCCACCUCCUCUUGGAUACUCUGGACAUCAAGCUAGUCCAGGUGCGUCUCCUGGUACAACUCAAGCUGCAGCGACACAAGCUGUAGCUGGGCUUCUCCAGGUGGCAAGUGAUGGCUAUACAAGGAAUGAGCAUGAAGCGAUCGCCACCGCAGUGAUGGCUGUUUUGCUCGUCUGCGGCAUGGCUUCAAUGUAG